AGACAUCAUUGUGACAGACCAUUAUGUCAAAGCGAAAUGAAUAAAAUAAACAGAAAUAUUACAUAUAUCGAUACCGCAUAAUUUAAUAAAAGUUGUUCAGUGUUAAGAUGAUUUAAUGCUAUAUAAAGUAUAAAAGUACAAAAAAUACAAUGUUUCUCUACGAGCGUGUCUGCCUUUGGCUUGGUCAUAUAAAACUAUCUCGUGUAAUUGUAAUGGUUUCUGUUAUUCUGUUCGUCGUCCCGCUUUUUACCCAUUAUUAUUUAUCUAAGUAUGAAACUGCAUCCGUUGCUUUAGGGAGCAAUUCUAUGAGACAUACUUUGGAAGCUCUGGGAGAUAUUUCAACAAUGAAUGCAGCUGAUCUUAAAUUGAGGAUAGAAGAAAUGCUUAGAAUCAAGGCCUCUGUAUCCACCGAACUACGAGAAUUAGAAGAAAAACGUGGAAGACUUCAACGUGAAUCUGCAGCUGCGAGUGCUAAAGCUGACAAUGUCAAAGCGGAAUAUGCGAGAGCGACAGCUGAGCUGCAGCGGUUACGCGUUUCCGCAGACCAAGCGCGGCUCGCUCAGCUCGAGGCGAUUCGACGAGAUACCCCCGAACUCGCACCUCCCGCUCUCAUACUACCCUCACAACCACCACCCAUACUUCCGCCCAUAAGUCUCUCUUCAGAGACAAACUGUCGAAUGCAUUCUUGCUUCGACCACUCUCGAUGUUCACUAACUUCAGGUUUCCCUAUCUAUUUCUACGAUCCCGAUGUCUUUUCACCCUUAGCAGGCGCCGAAGUUGAUGGAUUUCUUAAAACUACACUACGUCAGACCCUCGGGUACAAUGCACAUCUUACGCAGAAUCCCAACGAAGCUUGUGUAUAUCUUGUUCUAGUCGGAGAAUCGUUCCCAUUUGAAAAAACAGCUACGUCGACAAUAGAGCCAUAUAAAAUGUUAAAUGAAACCGCAAUCAGAAAUUUACCUUAUUGGGGGGGAGAUGGACGUAAUCAUGUGUUACUGAAUUUAGCAAGGCGGGAACUAUCUGUAGGGUCGGGUGAUGCUUUCUCCGGAGCAUCUACAGGCCGGGCUAUGAUCGCUCAGUCCACAUACACGUUGAAUCAGUUUCGUGCAGGAUUCGACCUGGUGACUCCGCCGGCGCUCGGCCCUCCCGGCGGCGAUGUGUGGUCCGACUGUGCACCUAUGGCACCGGCGAGGAGAAAAUAUCUUCUCAGUUUUCAGGGAUCACAAUCGCUGACUACUUCCAUUCAAAAGGACAACGAUACUUAUUUAAUAGAACGCCUAAAGAAGAUGGCUAGCACGGCUCCCGAAUCUGACUUAUUUUAUUUGCAAUUCGAUUGCGACCCGCCUGUAGAAAAGCGCUCGUUGAAAUCUAUUGGCGAUUGGGCGUUGUGUGGGACGGAUAGAUCGAGACGAUCCGUGUUGCGGGAUUCGACGUUCGUGUUAAUAUUGGCUCCGGGUGACAGUAGUUAUACUACGACAGCGUUAUUACAAGCAAGGUUGUACGAAGCGCUACGGUCGGGCGCUAUCCCUGUCAUCCUCGGCGGAGAUCGGACGAGGUUACCAUACGAUGAGGUGCUAGAUUGGCGUCGAGCUGUUUUAUCUUUGCCCAAAGCGCGUGUAACGGAACUACAUUUUCUUCUACGAGCGUUAUCGGAUUAUGAUCUGCUAGCGUUCAGAAGACAGGGCAGAGUUUUGUGGGAACGGUAUUUGAGUUCUGUUCAAGCGAGUAUGGAUUCCUUACUGGCUACGAUACGUACUCGUUUAAACAUCCCAGCGCGUCCCGCAGUGCCGACUAUGGGUGCGCCCGCAUUCAAUGACUCCUUUUCACCACCGAAACUUGAACCAUCGGCGGUGGAUGCGGAGCCGGAGGAGACGCUGGGGCCGCUGGAGGCCCCUUACCCGAGUCCAGCGUACAGACGGAACUAUUCUUUGGGCCUGUUGCAAGGGUAUGAGAUGUGGAAUGAUUGGGGAGAGCCUUUCGCGCUUUAUCCACAAUUGCCGUGGGACCCUCCGGUGACGUCUGAGGCCAGGUACAUGGGGUCAGCGGCUGGGUUCCGGCCUAUAGGCGCGGGGGCGGGCGGCUCCGGUAAGGAGUUCAGCGAGGCCCUGGGAGGAGACCGGCCCAGGGAGCAGUUUACUAUCGUCAUCCUGACUUACGAGCGAGAAACGGUGCUAGCUGCUGCACUCGCACGUCUUCGUGGGUUACCCUAUUUAAAUAAGGUCAGUUAAUUUUAUUGAAAUAAAUUAAGUUAGACUUC